ACAGCAGUGUUGGACUAUACUAUAAAUACACCAGCCGGCGUUGUAUAUGAGCACCAUCUAGAUCCAGUUACUGGAAGGUGCCAUGGAGAGGAUCAGUCGCGCUGGGUUCGGAGUUUUGCUGGUGUUGCUUCUUGUUUUGGCUUCUGAUGAAGGGAUGAUGGCGAUGGAAACGGAGGGCAUAUGGAGGCAUCCAUGCCAGGUGCCGAGCAAGAGGUUCAAAGGGCUGUGUAUGAGUGACCACAACUGCGCCAACGUCUGCAGAACGGAAGGUCACAGCUCCGGCGAAUGCGAGGGUGCCCGCCGCCGCUGCCUUUGUUCUAUCAAUUGCUGAUCUUCUUCAACUUGUUUCUUCCACGUUCAUGUCCAUGUCCAAUAACUCUGUCUUAGGAAACCACUUAUACAUAAUACAUGCUUGUAUCUACUGUGUUUCUGCCUUGUUCUUCUUCUUGCUUUCCUUACCUUACCCUAAUAAUGUAAUCCUUCUGAUCAAU